UGGAUUUAAAUACUCGCCAGUGAUCUCAGUUCCAUGCGGGAAAUGAUUAUGUCUGAUUGAAUUAACUGUCCUCUGAGCCGCACGUCUUGCUGUGUGCUGGUUGUUACUGCCCUUCCCUUCCCGCUCCCCACACAGUCCGUAUGAUUCAGUGGGCAGCUUCCUCUCGGAUGGGACGGGAAAACCGAGGAGCCUCAAAGGUAAGCGAGGAGUUCAUGGGGCAGGCAAUGCCUGAAGGACUCAAGUCGAGCUCCAUCAAGAACAGUCUUGCCGACUCUUAUAUUUCUAUCUUCCUUUUUGUUGCGUUUUCUUGCCUGCCGUUUACCCCUCAUUCCUUGGAGCCACAUUCCUUCUCCCCUCCCCCAACGACGUGCCUCCACCUCCAUCUCUCCCGCUCCACCCGCCCUUCCCUUCCCGCCUACACGGCACCGUUUGUAGGUGGACUGGUGGCUGCUCCCCCCCACACAGCGAUGGAAGACCAGGAGCAGCUAACAGAAGUUGUGGGCACCUCUAGGAUCAAGUUCUGUGGAAAUCCAGCUGUUAUACGGGAGGAGGUCAAACAGCUGUUUCUCCUGGCCGGGCCUCUGGUGCUGACACAGGUGAUGACUUACUCCCUCAACUUCAUCAGCUCAGCCUUCGGGGGCCACCUGGGCAAGUAUGAGCUGGGAGCCAUCUCACUGGCCACCUCGGUAAUCAGCGUGACUGGAGUGGCGGUGGGAACGGGACUCUCCAUGGCGUGUGACACCCUGAUAUCUCAGAUGUAUGGGAGCAAACAGCUGAAGCAAAUUGGGGUUGUCCUGCAAAGAGCCAUCUUGAUUCUCAUGGUCUUCUGCUGCCCCUGUUGGGCCCUCUUCAUCAACACGGAGAAAAUACUAUUGGCUGCCAGGCAGGACCCCGAGGUGGCCAGGCUAUGCCAGCUGUACGUGACGAUAUUUAUCCCUGCUCUCCCUGCAGUAUUUCUGUAUCAGAUCCAGGUCCGCUACCUCCAGAACCAGGGAAUAAUCAUGCCGCAGGUAUUCACUGGAAUAGUGGCCAACGUCCUCAGUGUGGUCAUGAACUACAGCUUCCUGAUUGUGCUGAAACUGGGCGUGGUGGGCUCUGCCUGUGCUAACCUCAUUUCCCAGUACUGUCAGACCAUUGUGCUGCUGGUCUACAUCAGAUGGAGGAGGUUGUACGUUCACACGUGGGGAGGGUGGACGCGAGACUGCCUGCAGGACUGGGGCAGCUUCCUGCAACUGGCCAUCCCCAGCAUGGUCAUGUUCUGCAUCGAGUUCUGGGCGUAUGAAAUCGGAUCGUUCCUGGCAGGGCUGAUCGACCAAGUUCAGCUUGGGGCACAAGUCGUCAUCUUCCAGUUCCUAACGAUUUUGUUCAUGAUUCAUGUGGGCAUUGGAAUGGCAGCGGGGAUCCGUGUGGGGAUGGCCCUGGGGGCUGGGCGUCCACAGCAAGCAAAGACCUCCGCAAUGACUGCUUUAGUUUGUACAGGGUGCGUGGCUUUGGUCCUUAUGACGUCCCUCCUGUUGCUGAAGGACGUGAUAGCCAAGAUCUUCACCAGCAACCGGCAGAUUAUCGAGCUGGUUUCGAGCACCAUACCCAUUAUAGCCCCUUUCCACCUGUGUGAUGCCAUAGGCUCGGGAGCAGCCAGCGGGAUUGUGCGAGGAAUUGGGAUGCAGAAAGUCGGAGCGAUUGCUAAUCUCGUGGCGUUCUACAUUGUUGGGAUUCCCGUGGGAAUCGCGCUCAUGUUUGCCGCAAAGAUCGGAAUUCUUGGCCUAUGGGCGGGAUUGGCCAUCAGUACCUUCCUGUUGUCCGCUUUCUUCUUGACGUUGAUCUUCAGGAUGGAUUGGGGCGCCGCGGCACAAGAGGCAAGCGCUGGUUUUCUCCACUUCGACCGUCCUUAG